AUGGUGGCAUGUGGUCCUGCUGCAUCCCUUAAGAACACAGCCACACACGUCAUCGAUGUGCCUCUCUCUGCUUCACACCGGCAAAUACACGAGGCCUUCUUUGACGCGUUCUUAACCCCGCAACAACUCAGCGCCUAUAUCCGCAACGCUGUUGCCAAAGCGUUGGAUCUCCUGCCUCAUCGAGUUCAAGUUUGGCCUCUGGCUGGGUCCCUGCAUACGGUUCGUACGGGCUGUGGAAUUGCGCAACUGAGGCUUCUUGGCCCUGAUUUAGACUCUGAGAAAACUCGUGACGAACAAAGCAGCCAUCAAGCUCUCGGAGAAAGCUUUGCGAAGCAGCUAUUUGACCCCUUGAGUUUUCUAAAUACCGAUAUUUUCGCGAACCUCCAAACCACCGGUGUCCCAUUUAAGCUCGCUCAUCGUUUGCUUGAAGCACCUGGAGUGGUUGAAACUGUUGACUUGCUCGAGCUCAAUGCUCGAGCACGUCAGCUUUCAGGAAAGUGGCCUCGUUUUCUGCCGCAAGUAACGGUGGAGGAUACAGACGAUUUGCUGGCUGUCUUCGGCAGCCGAUUGACGGCAGUGUCAACAGUUGUCGAGCUGAGGCAGAUGGCACAUGAGGCCUCGAAUUCGGAGGACAGCACGCACUGGGAGACGGUCGAUGCAUUAGUCGCCUCUGCCGUGGACGAAGUUUUACGGACUUCGAGGAGCCAGGAAUGCAGCACUAGUGCCACGAUAAGCUCUGCCACACCGCAGAAUGGGUUUGCCAAUCGUUCUAUCGAGUGGAGGCUGUGCUACAGCGCGGGAGUACAUAACCUUUCUGACAUUCUAAAGAACACUGUUGCGAAACGAGAGCAAUUAACAGAUGAGAUUGGAAGGAAAAUUCGCCUUUGGACAAGAAACACGCCGGAGUCUGAGCUUGUCGUGCGACAAGAAGUGGAGAUGGUCAGCCCAUUGCUGGACCUCAUUGAUGGCUUGCUCCACACCGUAACUGUCCAAGGAGUCGCUCUCACUCAGCCUCAGCCCAAGAGUGUCCACAAUUUCCUGUUUCCAUUCGUGGUAGCUCACCAUCUCAAUUCUAUUACUGCAAGGCGAGAUCAGCGGUCCUUUGUGUGCACCCCAGUGCGCCUUGCGGAUCCGCUUGGUCUCGUACAAGUUUUCAGGUGUGGGGACACAGAGAAAGGGUUCCUCCAGUUUCCUCUCGCCAUGCCGCAACAGAUUGAUUCUGCCUUGCUUGAGAAAGCAAUUUGCUCGUGGGUUCGUCGCGAGUUCGAAACCUCUGAGUGCAGCGUUGCAGUGCACCCGGGCAUGCGCUUCCGCCCUGGCCGUUUUUCUCCGUUCGAGGGUGUGGAGUGCUCUUGGAUUCAGCUUAGUGGAGUCGGGCUGCCAGAGCUGCAGGAAGCAUACAACCGGAAUACCAGUGCGAUCUUGACAGACAUGGGCGCCUCAGUAUCCGCGGCUCUGUCACCGGCUAUCAGCUCCGCGAGGGUUUUAGUGUCAAAGGUUAUUCCUGUUAGUCAGGCGAGGGGCGAAGUUCCUGCUGUCAGUUUUCGCGUGAUGAUUCUGCCGGAUUUAUCUUGCAGAGAGGACAGUGCAGCAGAAGCCAUGGAUCGACUGCGAAUGGAAGACGCCGUCCACCAGGUGUUGUUCGACGAAUAUGUACUAAAGAGGCUAAUGCCACGCCUUGAAACCGUUGGCGCAUUCGAGGCUCAUCUGAUGGCGAACAACGUGAAGCUUCUCCACUCGCAACCCCUUCCCGUCGCCGAAGACCUCGAUCUAGUAAAAGAGGACCUGAUACUUUGGCAGGUCACUAUGGAGGAUAUUAUGACAGCCUAUGGAACAAUAGGUCACUUCAGCCAGUACAUCACUUCCACGCUAGCAACAGCGUUUCGUGUCUCCCAUGCUCGCUUCGUGGUGGUUCGAAUCUGGACGAAACCACACCCGCUUCGAUUUCGACGACCGUGGGAAUCGCUUCUCCCAGGACGCAGUGUUACGGUAGUGCGCAUCGCUAUUCGGUCGCCGGAUGAGACAACAGAUAUUACAGAGAGACUCUACCAUCCAAGAUUCCUGCAGCUUUUGCUGGAACAACAACUCCGACAGCGGAAUAAAAACAAUGGGAUGCGGCGAUUUCUGGUUGAUGGGCUGAAACAUCUGCUCAACAGAAACCAUGUGAGGGUGUCUGCACGGUGCGCCUUCACACACCUUGUCCAUUAG